AUGGACGAAGAAGAAUGCGCGAAGCCUCCAAUUGGAUUAAUGUUGGUAGUUCGCGUGCCAGUGAAGAUUGGUAUCGUGAUGCAUACGCACGGAAAUUUAACUGCGAGCUACCUCUGGCAACCAGGGGAGUUCGCUCGACGUAUGCUAGGCGAGCGGCCUUCCCCAGUACCGCCCACCAGGGAACUCUGGCCAUUGCCGCAGCAGCCCUUCAGUAUCAGCACUUUACACGUCGCGUACAUGCAAGAUGAUCCACUGCCAAGGAGAGCAGCCACGCUACCAACGCAGCCUUAUUCACCCACCACUGUCCCCAUUGAACAAGAAUUACCCAGACCACGAGUUUGUACCGUCGGGACGAACACAGAUCCGCCGCUUAGUAUCAUUACCAAGCUAAGGAAUUUUUUCAAGAAGCAAGAAGAAGUACCAGUCGGGCUACCACCACCCGGUCGACUUACGGCUGUGCCCAGAGAAGUAGCAUUAGACACCAAAGAGGAAGACAACGCUGCUAAGAGAGCAUUUAAGGGUGUGAAAAAAGCAAUAUCUGGAGCAAAAUAUCGUAUCGCACCAGGAACUGAGACUGUAGAGAGCCCCAAAAUAGUGUAUAAUAUUCCUAAACCCGGAGAUCGCAUGACCACAACUUUCGGAGCACGGGAAUCUAGAAGAUGGAAGUUGCCAUCGAAAUCUGCAUGUUCUCGUCGUCUUCGCGUCUUCAGCGCAUGGUGUGAGCGACGCCCGCGUCGUCCUCCUAGACGGCAGUCCCACCCGCCGCGCCUUCAGGUCACUCAGGUGUGA